AUGAAAGUGAUGCGAGUGGUGGGCAUCCCGGCUGCCCUGGCAUGUGAGCUCCUCCGCGGCUUGGGGGCGGCGGAAGAUGUGCUGGAGAAGGCCAUGACCGAAGUCCUGGAGAGGGCGAAGAAAUUGGGUGCCGAGUCUUCGCCGAUGUUCUGCGGCAGCGUAGGCUCCCUUCCACAGGAGGUCGUCGAUGACAUGAACAUGUUUGCCGUGGAUUCCGGCGAUUUCGGGCCGGUCCUGGCAAAGUUUGAGAAGAAGAAGCCUUUGCUCGUGUCGCGUGAGAAGCUGAUGUACUACACGGCGGUUGAGUCCAUCAAGAAGACGCAUGCACAGCCGCUUCAAAAGGCUGCGGCCCGCAAUCGAACGGCGAUGGUGCAAGUCCUUCUGAAGGCGUCUGCGGAUCCUGCUGGUGUCGAUUCCUCGGACGGACGACAGGCCUUGCAUCAUGCCGUGAGCCACCUGAACAAGGGCAUGGUGCAGAUGCUGCUGGAAUCUAGAGCACCGCUGGAUGUCGCAGACGCGACCUCGAACAAGGCGACGCCGCUGUACUCUGCCACCACAGCUGCGACGCAGGACAAGCUUUACAGCAGUGAUAUUCUGGAGGCCCUCUUGAAAGCCAAGGCCAACAUCAACCUUCCUUGCUGCUCUGCCGGGUCGACAGCUCUGCACCUGGCGGCCUCGAGCAGGCAUCUCAAAGUCAUCGAGCAGCUCUUGCGCCACGGCGCGCUGCCGUCGGCCCGAGAUCCGGAGAAGCGCACGCCGCUGCACAUCGCCGUGAACUCCGCGGCCGCCAGCGAGCCCUCCUUCGAUGCCGAGCGCCUGCUUCUCAAUUCCCAGGCAGACGUGAAUGCGAUGGACAUCCAGGGAAGGAUGCCCCUGCACUAUGCCUUCGUCAAGAAGGAGAAGCAGUUGGAUGCCUCGCCGGCCGACCCGGUAGAGACGGUGACCAGCCUGUGUGCCGUGGAGGGUGUCCGUGUCGACGUGCCCGAUGAGUUCGGUGCCACGCCGCUCCUCUGCGCGGCAAGGCGGGGUGCGACCAUCUCGUCCCUGUACCUCUCAAAGCGAGGUGCAUCGCUCCAGGCUCGGGACAAGUCCGGCAACGACACGCUGGGCGUUGCUUUGGCCGGCGGCCACCACCAGUACGCCAUCACGUUGCUCAGCCAGGGUGCAGGCGAUGUUGAGGCUCCCAUGUGCCACCUGAAGCGGGAAACUGUGGAAGGCAAGACCAAGAUUGUACCAGGGCCUCCUUUGUCGCUCUUCCGUGAGGCAACCUCUCACAAGCAGCUGGGCCUGUCCUACUUGCUGCUCGACCAUGGUUAUCCCUUCCAUGGCGCGAUCCAGGACUCCCUGGAGUUGGGCGAAUUCCGCCUGGUGCUCACGCUGCUUUCGAAGAUCAACCCGUCCGAGAACGCGGUUGUGCAGCGCCUGGACAAGAACCGACGCAGCCUACACCACGCUUUGGCCGGCUUCCCGAGACAGCUGGGGCCGGAGGCGACGGAGAUUGCCGAGGAGCUCAAACGCCGUGGAGUAUCUAUGGCUUCCGCAGAUGUCCACAAACGGUGGCCGCUGCACUAUGCUUGUGCAAACGCUCACACGGACUUGUCUCGCUGGCUAGUCCGCCAGGACAGCAGCGCGACGUCGCAACUCGAUGAAGAGGGUCAGUGUCCGGCCCACGCAGUCUGCACCCGCG